GCACCGUCAAGAAAAAGGAAAGCCACUCUUUUGUCUCCAUGGACACUCAACUUCCUCCAAGCAGUUCUUAGUCCUUGUAGCGCAGCAGCGGGCUCUUGCCAUCCACUUAAUAAUUCAUCAGGUCGGUCUCUGAGCUUUGAGCCUGCAGCGCUCACCAACUUUUCCCCCUCUAACUUUCGCAGCAGCAGUCGGCUGUUUCAGCAACUCUCCUUUUAUACUUCAAACGGUUGGUACAGAGGCAGAGGAAAACAGGCUCAGGCACUUUGUGAGCAUCUUGUGUGUGUUUGUGCGUGUGUGAGUGAGUGUGUGUGAGGACAGUGGAUGAAAGGUGUGUGUGUGUGUGUUGUCUGGGCAUCCUGCUCUUAUUCUUGGACUUGGAACCCAUUGUUAAAAGCACAGCUCUUGUGGGACUGGACGAGCGAGUGGCGGCGUGAGAAGCACUCUGGAGGCCACGGAGAGGCUCUUAUGGGAAGUACGUCUCGUCUGUGAGCACCGCUGGUGAAAGCAGUGUUUAGGCUGUUGUAGGGGCUGUCUGUGCACCCGUGGAUUCUCUCUCAUCAUGGCUGGCUGUACCAGCCGCUGCAGACAGGGGGUACUAAAGCUCAUUCAGUCCCUUCAGAGGCUUGUCUCGGGAACCCUCAGCAAGGAUAAGAUAGAUGAUGAAUUAGAGAUGACAAUGGUCUGCCAUCGGCCGGAGGGUCUCGAGCAGCUCGAGGCGAAGACAAACUUCACCAAGCAAGAGCUACAAGUCCUUUACAGAGGCUUCAAAAAUGAGUGUCCAAGUGGAGUAGUGAAUGAGGAGACAUUUAAACACAUUUAUGCACAGUUUUUUCCACAUGGAGAUCCCAGCACAUAUGCACAUUAUCUCUUCAAUGCGUUUGACACCAGAAAUAAUGGAUCCAUAAAGUUUGAGGACUUUGUGAUGGGACUAUCUACUUUACUGCGGGGGACGGUCAGAGACAAACUGGAAUGGACAUUUCAUCUCUAUGACAUUAACAAAGAUGGAUUUAUCAAUAAGGAGGAAAUGACAGAGAUAGUGAGAGCCAUCUAUGACAUGAUGGGGAAGUACACGUAUCCGGCUUUAAAGGGGGAUGUACCAAAGCAGCAUGUGGAUGCCUUCUUUGAGAAAAUGGACAAAAACAAAGAUGGAGUUGUAACAUUGGAGGAGUUUGUGCUUGCCUGUCAGGAGGAUGAAAACAUGAUGAGAUCCAUGCAGCUCUUUGAAAAUGUGAUGUAGAGAAGCUCCACCAGAAGAAGAAAAGAACAAAA